AUGGCUGUUAUCGGAGGUGGGCCUAUGUUUCUUAAUGCAGUUGAUUGUUCAGGGGAAACAAAUGACAAGUAUUUCAUUUCCAACUUGAUAAAGGAAGUAAUCAUGGAGGUUGGGCCUAAAAAUGUUGUUCAAGUCAAUACAGAUAAUGCCCCAAAUUACAAGGUGGCAGGGCACCUAAUCGAAGCACAAUUUCCUCACAUCUUUUGGACUCCUUGUGUUGUGCACACCCUCAAUCUUUCCUUGAAGAAUAUUUGUGCUGCCAAGAAAGUGGAAAAUAAUUUAGUUGCAUUUGAAGAGUGUAAUUGGAUUAGUGAGAUUGUGGGUGAUGUGAUGAUGAUCAAGAAUUUUAUUUGUAAUCAUUCCAUGAGGUUGGCAAUGUACAAUGAGUUUGUGAGUUUGAAGCUUCUUUCAAUUGCCGAGACACGCUUUGCUUCUUCCAUUGUCAUGCUUAAGAGGGUCAGGUUGAUAAAGCAAGGUCUCCAAACAAUGGUAAUCAGUGACAAAUGGAGUUGCUAUGCGGAUGAUGAUGUUGGUAAGGCCAAGUUUGUAAAGGAUAAGUCGUUGGAUGAAUUUUGGUGGGAUCAAGUCGACUACAUACUUUCCUUUGCUGCUCCUAUUUAUGACAUGAUUAGAGUUUGUUACAGCGAUAGACCUUCUCUUCACUUAGUAUAUGACAUGUGGGAUGCAAUGAUAGAAAAAGUGAAGAUGGUGAUAUAUAAGCAUGAAAGAAAGCAACUAGAAGAAGAGUCUACAUUCUAUACUGCAGUACAUCAGAUUCUUAUAGACCGGUGGAUAGUGGCGCAGCCAGGAAUUUCCUUUAGCGGGGUCAUUUAA